GCUCCUUGAUUUGAAACAUCAAGUUAUUGUUUGGUAUGAUGGAGUCAAGGAAGGAAUGGAAUGGUUCAUUCCACCGGAACGAAAAAAAAAAUUCAUGUUUGUUUUGCCUGAUGGAAUGAUGGAAUGGAAUGGGUGAUUCCUCCACUUGUUCUUCUUUGCAGGGAACUGCUGGUGUUGCAUUGGCUGGAUUACUUGGAACUGUUAGGGCACAAGGUCGCCCUUUAUCAGACUUUGCAAACCAAAAAAUUGUCGUUGUUGGUGCUGGAAGUGCAGGGCUUGGUGUUCUUAAAGUGGCCUAUCAGGCGGCUGCAAGGAUGGCAGGAUCAGAAGCAAAACCUCAAUUUUUCCUACUUGAUAAAGACGUAUGAUUUUACGAAAAUGCCCUCGUCCAACUUACCAUCUUAUUCUGUUUCUAUUAUUUUU